AUGCAUCUCCUUGAAGACCUGUGGAAGAAAUCUAGGCUGGAGCAGGACACAACAUGUCUGGUGAGGAGAGGAGAAGAGAUAAGUUGUGUAUGGCAAGAAGAAGGUGAAGGAGGAGGCACACCAUUCUUAGUGGACCCAAAAACAUAUAAAUCUUAUUAUCGGAAUAUGGUGUUAGAGGUCCUCAACAUAGAAGCCAUGGAUGAGUGGGGCAAACAGAAGGGUUUUGGGCCUGGAAACAACUCACCACUCUCCCCUAUAAUGCAGGAUUUUGACAAAUUAGGAAAGGCAGCCAGUGUCGAAGAUCUCAAAGAAGUCAUCAUCAAAAUGUCAUAUAGACAAUUAGAGAUUGAGACAAACCUUUAUAUAGAAAGAAACAAUAGAAGGCGCAUUGAGGACAUGUAUAUAACAUUAGUAAAGUCCGUCUCAAAGCUGGAUGACGAGCUAAUCCCCAUUCUUUUAGACAUUCCUGCUAAGUCGGAAUGGAUAAAGGAGGAAACUUUCAAACUGCAUCCCUGCAUCAACAGAUCCUUUAGCCCAUACACCAACUGCGACUCAGGAACCACAUUCAGGAAAGGCAGGAGAGGGAUAUCAAGGGAUGAUGAUGAUUUCUACUUCUCGAUAAAUUCGGCAGAGAGGAUAGGGACCGACCAUGAGGAUAUUAGAGAAGACAACAACGAACCGUCGCAAGAUGAGUCGGAAAACGAGGAUACCUCAGCAGCAACAAAGAAAUCCGAAGAUGAGGAACAAAAACAUCACGACUCGCAAAAUCAUAUAACGAUAAGAUAUAACUUGAGAAGUAAGAAAAAGCUCGCAGAGGCAGCAAUUUAA